ACAGGUAGUCAAUUCAAAAAAUUUUGUUGUCAUGUUUUGAGUUUGUGAUUUUUAUUCGGGUAAAUUUACUGUAAUGUUUUUAGUUUGUAUUGCCUUCUUUUAUAAAUAUUUGUGAAAUAGCAAAAGUAACCGUUCAAUAUGGAAAAUUGUAACAAAAUUAUACCACCACAUCUAAAUGCCGAAGUUUAUAGGUCUGAUACUACCGGCACGAGUACCCUUUCAUAUUUUGACCACAUUUCCGUUAAUGCUGACAACAGAGUGCUGAUAGGUUGCUCUGAGUUAACUGGACGUUAUUGGAAUGGCGGAGCCAUUGUACAUACAUCACCAUCAGAAGCACAGGAUCUCCAAUAUAUACCCAAGAAGAGCAUUCAUUUGACCAGUGGAACAGCAGGUGGAUGUUUUGUGGGUAAAUUAGACAAGGUUUUAUUAUGUGAAGACAAUGGGAGAGUCAGUAUUUGGUCAUCAUCUUGCGAUGAUGUCUGGAAGAUGUGGAGUGAAGAUGUAUCAGUUGCUGAACAUGAUGACGCUGUGUUGGCGGUGGAUUGCAUUAGUCUCGAAAGUGAAUAUGUUACUGCAGGAGCAGAUGGCAAUAUUAAAGUUUGGGAUAUAAAUGAAAUGAUCUGUACACAAAACUAUAUUGCUGCACAUAGUAUGUCUAUAUGUGAUGUGGCAGUUUUACCAGGAUCGAAAAGCUUUGCCACUGGCUCCUUAGAUGAAUAUAUAAGUUUGUGGGAUGAAUUUGUUGCUAAGCCAAUUGUUGAUUUAGUGAAGAAUGACUGUGGUGUCCGUUGUCUGCAGUGGAUAAAUGAGAACAAAUUAAUAUUUGGUGAUGAAGCUGGCGUGUUGAGUUUAGUGGAUGCUAGGAAUCCGAAAUCAAUAAUGCGGUUGAUGGAGUUUCCUGCUGCUUUGCACAAAAUAGCUGUUAAUAAAGAUUCGGACAAAGUCGCCAUAUGCUGUGAUAAUAAGAUUGUUUCUGUUUGUGCCAUCAAUAAUGAUGACACGGCUCAAGUGGUAUACCAUGACAGACAUAUGCACAGUAAUUUUGUGCGAGGCAUGGCCUGGGAUGCGGAGGCAAGCAAUGUCCUGCACACUGUUGGCUGGGAUGGAGAGUUGAAAACCCACAAUGUUGUUUGCGAGUAAUGUUAAGGGAGUUCUUUUUUAAUAUAUAAAUUCGUUCCUGA